UUUAGCGACUCUCUCAGUCUAUUGGUCACUUCGCAUGUCAUUAUCAUAGUCGGUUCUUGGUGUGGAAAUCAUGUUAACGCUGUUACAACUGUAACUCUGUUGAACUAUAUGUUUGGCGGCAACAUUGGAAACGGAAACAAUUUAUACAUUCGUCGCAACACCCCAACAACAGAAACUUCAGAAUGAGCGUGGGGUUCAUCGGAGCGGGUCAGUUGGCCCAUGCCUUGGUGAAGGGAUUCAGCGCUGCAGGUGUCAUUGCCACACAGAGGAUCACUGCCAGCUCCCCAGACACAGAUCUUCCCACAGUGUCUGGACUGCGGAAAAUGGGUGUCAAUCUCACAACCAGCAACAAGGAGGUGGUGAACAAGAGUGACGUUCUGUUUCUGGCUGUCAAACCACACAUCAUCCCCUUCGUGUUGGAUGAGAUCGGACCGGACAUUGAGGACCGCCACCUCAUUGUGUCCUGUGCAGCUGGUGUCACCAUCAGCUCCAUUGAGAAGAAGCUGCUCCAGUACCGCCCGUUCCCCAAGGUGAUGCGAUGCAUGACCAACACCCCGGUGGUGGUUCGGGAGGGAGCCACGGUCUACGCCACGGGUACCCACGCCGAGCUAGAGGACGGGAGGCUGCUGGAGCAGCUGAUGGCCAGUGUGGGCUACUGCACGGAGGUGGAGGAGGACCUGAUCGAUGCCGUCACCGGACUCAGUGGCAGUGGACCUGCCUAUGCAUUUACAGCCGUGGAAGCGCUUGCUGAUGGGGGGGUGAAAAUGGGUCUGCCCAGGAGGCUGGCUAUACGGCUUGGAGCACAGGCCCUGCUGGGAGCAGCCAAAAUGCUGUUGGACUCGGAGCAGCACCCUGGCCAGCUGAAGGACAACGUUUGCUCCCCAGGGGGCGCCACCAUUCACGCCCUGCACGUCAUGGAGAGUGGGGGCUUCCGCGCCCUGCUCAUCAACGCUGUGGAGGCCUCCUGCAUUAGGACCAGGGAGCUCCAGUUCUUGGCUGACCAGGAGAAGAUCUCUCCUGCGGCCAUCAAGAAGACUACGCUGGACAAGGUUCUGCAGCAGCCAGGGGUGGGAACAGGGGUGGGCGUCCGGACGGGAUCUGGGAUCAGCCUGUUCAACAGCAGCAACCCCAGGCAUAAGAAGUAAUUGAACUGAGUGGCUCUGAUCACAGAACAGUGGUGAAUUCAUUAGUGCAUUGCAGACCAUAUCAAAACAUUUUGCAACAAAAACAAGUUUCUUAGCGGACAAGUUCAGGUAGUUCCUCCCUGUUUGGGUCUUUUUGCUUCCUAGUGAUACGCCCCAGGAAGAGACCCUCAAAAGAAUGAAAUGCCGCUGAACAUAUUAUUUAAACCCUAAAAGAGGUGUUAUGGUUAUAGCAUGCCAGCUGAGAGGAGGGGCAUAAAUGGCAGCUUCAUAAAUGUGAUGAUAAACUUAAAGCAGCAAUAGAGGAUGUAGGGUGAAGGGACACUUCUCCUGCUCUCCUUCCAUGUUCACUGACUAGAAACAUCUGGACAGG